ACUGCCGAUUUUGGUGAAAGCAUGUUUCCACUUGCUUCUGCCGAGCUAAAUCGCAACUUGUCCACACAUCUAACGGUGCUCGGAGAUGUCCAAAGACAAAUGAAAGAAUUGCAUGAGCAACAAGCUCAGCAUGAUGUUCUCACCUUGGAACACACCAUCGAUGAAUAUAUUCGAAUCAUAGGCUCUAUCAGGUUAUCGUUUAAUGCGCGCAUCAAAGCCUAUCAAACUUACCAGCAGGAUGACUCUGAACUUCAAAAGAAAAAAAUUACAUUCGAGAAGCUAAAGAGUCAAUCAAAGAGCAAGUCAGAUAGGAUGACAUUGGCUUCUCAGGAAAUUUCAGAGAUGCAACAGCGCGUGGAUGAGCGACGCAAGGACUUUGAGGAUAUUUCAAAGCUCAUAAAGAGUGAAUUGGAUCGAUUCGACAAAGAGAAAGUAGAAGAUUUCCGUGAUAGUGUCGAGAAGUUCUUGUGUAGCAUGAUUGGGCACCAAAAACAGGUUAUUGCUCUCUGGGAAACAUACUUUGAACAAACAGAAGGACUUGACGAUGAUGAUUAUGACGAAGAGUUCUACACUGAACACGAUGAAAAUGAACCGUCCGAAGUGGCUAUAUAAUUUCUCUUUCUUAUUUUCUUUUAUUACUAUUGUUAUUGCUGGAAGGAUGAGAGAAGAAUUACACAAAGAAUUCAAACUUGAAGCACACAACCAAGCAAGACCUCCGAUGGUUUUUAAAAACGAUUGGAUUAUGUGGAUCAUUUC